UUCCUUCCAAAAGAAUAAACUAGAAUCAUCGUUAACCCUCACCUUCAGUCGGUUGACUCUGGCUCUCCUAAAACUUUCCGCGAGGCGAGACAACGUUACAAGAUGGCUAUCACCGCCUUCAUUUCAGCGCCCUCCCACUCCCAGUCCCCUCUCCUCCUCCUCCGCCCCUCCCCCUCUCUCUCCUUCAAGUCCAAGCCCUUCCGCUCCCCUCUUCGCCCCUACGCCGCCCUCCGUCCCGCCCCCCUCGCUACCGUCGGAAGCGCCCCCCUCGUUGCCGAUCGAUCCAAAAGAGGCCGCUUCGUCACUGCUGUCGCCGACUCUGAGGCGGCGCCGCCCGAGACCACCGUCAUUCCGGUGGCCGUGGAAGUCGAAGUAGAAGAGGGAGGCGGCGACGGCAGUGGUGGAGGUGAGGGUUCCGAUGGCGGCGGAGGCGGAGGUGGUGGUGAUGAUAGAGGGGGAGAUCCCGAGGAUGGAGAAGGGGGAUCGGACAAGGAUAAGAAGAAGAUAAGCGGGAUGUCCAUGUCUCAGAAGCUGACGCUGGGUUAUGCUGCCCUCGUCGGAGUGGGUGGAGUCAUGGGAUAUAUGAAGAGUGGGAGCCAGAAGUCAUUAGCUGCUGGAGGGAUAUCGGCCGCUCUACUGUAUUAUGUGUACACGCAACUUCCAGCAAGACCAGCUUUUGCAUCAUCCUUGGGGCUAGGUAUAUCAGCCGCACUUCUGGCUGUGAUGGGUUCUCGCUUCAAGAAGUCUGGGAAGAUAUUUCCAGCGGGUGUUGUGUCUCUUGUGUCUUUGGUCAUGGUUGGUGGCUAUUUUCAUGGAAUUCUGCGUGGCCAACAUGCAUGAUACCAGACUUUGGGUCUCAUGCUUGUUGUUUCGGACUAUCCUUUAAGUGUGCCUUUCUAGCACUUCAUAUGGUAACCAAUUCCUUUUCCUUUUCCUUGAUCUGGUGAUAGCCAGCUGUUAAAAACAGUUCAUGGUUUGGAAUGAGUAGGAUGAGUGGGUGCUUUUUAUGAUCCAGCCGUUACUCUUGUAGUUGGCUGCUUCUAUGUUUCCAAAAAAUUUCUACAAGAAAGGUGUUUGCUUGUAUUCCUGUUGCUUCCAGGUAACUUCAUAAAAACAGUUUUAUGGUUUGUUACUUCGA